AGUGCAUUUGACCAGCAGAACCUCAUGUGUUUCAGUGCGUAUGACUACAGCAUCGGGCCCAUGGACAAAGCUCUGGUGAAGACGGACAUCCAGAUCGCGGUUCCUCACGGACACUACGGCCGAGUCGCUCCUCGCUCGGGUCUCGCCGUCAAGCACUUCAUCGAUGUCGGCGCUGGCGUGGUGGAUGAGGACUACAGGGGGAAUCUGGGAGUCGUGCUCUUCAACUUCAACAACGAGCCGUUUGAAGGCGAGACCGCAGCUACUGCAGAUUCAUUAUAACCUAAAAAGCUCUUG